AACUAGCAAGAAUCCAGGCCAGCAAAGUUGCGUCGAACUUUAGCCUCCCCCGGCCGGCCGGUUGCGCUCCGACAGAUGGCAUCGAAGGCCGUCCUCCUCUUGGCGGCCGCCGCGGUCGCGGCGGCGUGCGUGCUCGCCACCUCGGAGGCCAGGCUCGGCAAGCUGGGCCGGCUCGUCAUCACCGGCGUCGUGCCCUGCAACACCGGCAGCCUCAUCGACAUCGCCACCUCGCCCGCGUUCCCGAACGCGGACGUGGAGCUGCGGUGCGCGGGCAAGGUGGUGGCCGGCGCGACCACCAACACCAACGGGUCCUUCGCCAUGGAGCUGGACAUGACGAGCGCGCUGGCGGCAUUCAUCGGCGGGUGCACGCUGGUGGUGGACACGCCGCUCGUCAAGUGCAACGCCGACCUCGCCGACGUCGGGAGCCUCGUCUCCUACCUGCAGGGCCCGCUCACGCGCCUGCUCGGCGGCAUCUUCCACCUCUUCCCCGCCGGCUUCUCCUUCCACGCCCGGCGAAAUUAGUGGGGAUUAUCGUCUCAGCGUGCGUGAUGAUCUCACAUGCAUGUCGUUCUCUCGUCUACUGUCUCUCUAGUUCUCUACCCAACCUGCCUGGGAAUAGUUGCUGUGCUUGUACUCUACACUGCAGUGGAUAUGGUGGUGAUCUCCGUAAGUCAAAAGGUUGUUCGUUGUUGUGGGAGAUACAAACGUUUCUAGGUACAUAUGCUACGCAAGAUUGCCGGUAUUAAGUAACAAGCAAACUAAAUAGUCGGGACAAUUCUCAUACUUAUAUAUAAUUUAAGAACCUUAUUGGCAGCAGUAGUCCUGCUACCUGCUAUUUUUUUUUGUGAUCGUGUCUGAUCACGUUUUUCAUUAAGAGGGUCCUGCUACCUGCUAUUAACCGCAUGUUUUUGGA